CGUUAGUGCUUUAAAGUACAGAAAGUGGUGUGUUGUAAAAUUCGGUAUUCUGACAGUUUCUUUUCCGAUAAAAGAAUCUGUGUAUAAACCGGCGGAAAUAAGAAUAAAAGUUAAAAAGUGAAUGGUGAAAUCGAUUCCACAACAGUAUAUCGUUUAGUUUUAGAAUCUUUAUGCCUUAAAAUCAACUACUUUUUUUCAACAAUCUUUUUAAGAUACUCGACAAGAUGAAGAGCGGAAACCAAUCAAAUAUUAUUUACAAAGAAGUAGUUAUAGUUGGGAAUGGACCAAGUGGCAUUGUCCUAUCCUUCAUAUUAUCAGGAAACAUACCUUAUAUCACAUCAGACGACCAUCCAGACGAAAUGCUAUCGGCCAGAUUAAGUUCUUCGGUGGGCGAGUGCCUUCUUCAACAGGACCUAGAAUUCCUUGCUCAAGGCAUCGAGGGACGAUCCACCAACCAGGUCUCGCUUUUGGUAGAUUCAUUGCUUCAUCCGUACGCUGACAUGGGUUGGGACCUGGAACCUCUUCUGGAGUUCAAGAGGGCAGGAAAGAAGAUUGAACACAUCGUCCUGGGCAAAGGUCCUCCAGGCGGUUCCUGGCACAGCAUGGAUCCCCAAAUCCUCACCCUGUCUCUAGGAAGUUGGAUGGCUCUCCCCGGUCUACCAUUUAACUCAGGAGACUCUGGAGAAAAACGAGCCUUCGCCUGCGACGUUGCCAAAUACUACGUGCAAUACACCGAACAAAUGGGACUCACCGAAAAUUUUCACAACUAUGUCUCCGUCAACUCCGUGGAGCAAAUCGAACACGAACAACCAUACAUUGUAGAGAAAAGACUCAGGAAGAAAGGCUACUGGACCAGUAGAAUAGGCAAAGAACUAAAGGAAACUUUGGAGGCUUGUAUAGAGCGAGAAUUUGAAGAAAACUGUACGGACGAGCAUCGAUGUUGGAUCUCCAAUGCCAUUGAUUGUCUAAUGCUAAAAAAUCGGAGGAAGAUCCGAUGUAAACGCCCCAGAGAUCAAGACGCCAUUAUAAUCCCCCGGAAGAACGACAAGAGACGUUCCAUUAGUUUUUGCUGUGAUACAAAUGAUUACAAUAAUUGUGAUAGUUUCUACUCCACGUCCUUGAACGAGAGGUUUCUCAGGAACUCGUUUAGUUUAGAUUUAAAAUCCGUGCCUUCGUAUAAUUCCGCGAUCUGUGAUAAAGAAACCAACUGGAUUGUGAAUGCUGUGGACUCCAACACCGGGGAAAAGUUAACCUACGCCUGUAAAUAUUUAGUUUUAGCGAACGGGGGUAGCGACUUGCCGAAUAGGUUAGAGGUAUCUAAGGUGAAGAAGGACCCCGAAUGGAUUCUCUACGACUUAAGGAGCUUGGAGAAGAAUUUGGAUUCUUAUCUGGCUAACGUUAAGGAAAAUGUGGCUCCCGUGCUGGUCAUUGGAGCUGGUCUGAGUGCUGCAGACGCUAUUAUCGCUGCAAGGGGAAGGAAUGUACCUGUGAUACACGUUUUUAGACAAAAAUCUCCAGAAUUAAGCAGGCAUCUGCAAGAAAACUUAUAUCCUGAAUACCACAAGGUUCACCAAAUGAUGCUAGACGGGGGCUCGACACACUCCUACUACACGGCCUACCCUGAAUACACCCUAAGUGAUUUCGACGCUGCAUCCAGAACUGUGAUCUUAACCUCAAAAGACGGCGUGCUCUCAAAGUUGCACGUAUCCUUCGCGGUAAUACUCAUCGGAUCAAGACCAGACCUCUCUUUUCUACCCGAACACAUCAAUUUGGGAGUACAGAAGAACCUUCCCUUGGACUGCAAGACGAACCCAGCUGACGUCAACAGGCUGACUCAUAGCGUUAAUGGUUGUGAAAAUUUAUUUGUGAUUGGACCUCUGGCGGGUGAUAACUUCGUCAGGUUCCUGCCAGGAGGCGCAGUAGCGGUAACCUCGGAAUUGUAUAGGAGGAAGUACUGUACUUAAAUAAUGUACUGUACUUAUAUACUAAUUAAUGUGAUUUUUUUAGACCAGUUGUGUUUAUAGCGUGCGGAACAAAAGUUUUGGCGCAUUUUUUAAAGUUUUCAAAUAAAUUUUUGCAGAAAUCUAUACCUACUAGUAAUGCGUGUUUACAGAACAAAAUCCCAACAGUAAACAAAUGUCCUAUCAAAUAGGGAAUUAUACAUAUGAUUUUGUUCUAAAUGCAAUAACUGUCCAUAAUUAUUGUAAAAUUGUAAAUGUCAGUUUACAGUUGGCAAUUUAUUGUGUUCAUUCAAUUUCUUUUAUAUAUUAAGAUAUUUCUAAACAAAAGUGUCCUUAAAAUAGAAUAUUUUUUGCCAAGUAAAGCAGAUGUGCAAUAUAAAAAUAAGCCUAAUUUACAGUCCUCUUUACAUACCAGGCCCAUACUAGGCCGAGUUUUUAAGCAAAAAUAAGGUUAGAAUUUUCUUUUUUUUUUAGUUGGCUAAACUUUGACAUUUCUGGAAGUGACUAAACUGACGAGCAGAAGUAUUCACAGUAAACUACACUUAUAUGAAAAUGAAACAAAAAAUAAUUAAACUUAAUUAAGAAAACGCACAAUUUUUGUUGUUUUUCUCAUAUAUUUUCAGUUUUUCGUCAAGUCGGAAAAAACAGUCACCAUCACCAGAUUUGGUUGAUCUGGUCGUCGUAGGAGGGACUUCGCCGCUUGUUCACCACUGCUUCGAUGGUUUCUUUACUUUUGGCAUGUAGUAGAUAUAUGACCAUUGUUUCAUCAAAAGUCAAGUAAUGGCUAAAAAAUUCUAAAUCAAGCAGAUACUUGAUUUCAAUUGAACCUUUGACAUACUAAAUAUUAAAUUAUUAUAAUAUAUAUAAUAAUUAUUAAUUAAUUAUACUAAUAAUAUAAUAUAAUACAUAUUAAAUCCAAAAAUUCGGUCCGUGAUCAUAUUUUUUAAUUUAAUAAUUUUUUCUUGCUUUCGGAUUAGCGAUCGUUCGGAUUACCAGUGUUCGGAUUAUCGACACUCUACUGUACAUAAGAGACAAUGUACUUACUGAAUUUGAAACCUAAGAUUCUGGCUGUUUUUUUUUGGCUCGCCUCUUAAUACUAAUACGUGUUUGUGCCAUUUGUUGUUUCUUCAUUUGUUCUUUUAUUUUGAUUUUUUAGUUCCUUCGGAUACUUUCUUAUUUCAAAACUAUAAUAGGAUUUCUAUGCAUGUUGACAUAUUAUCUCUGUGAUCGUUCCAAUAUUAUUAUGACAAGAUAUUGCGUGGCUUUCUAUUAUGUUUGUUGAUUGUUUCCUCUACGUAUUCGCGUUCAUUCUGAACGCUGAAGUAAUAUUUUCACCCUGCAGUGGUGAAGAUAUCUGUCGUCGAAUUUGGGGGAUUUACAUAACACAAUUAAAAAUCUGGACCUCAGAGGUAAACUACACUAUGUCGACAUGGUGUUGUUUUGAAUAAGUUUUUUUAAUGCACUUAUUUUAUUAGAUGGAUUAAACAAAUUGGUUAUAUAUUAUAAUUAAAAUAUGGUCAUAUGGUCUUUCAACCGAUUGUGGGAUAUAUCAGAUUUUUAUUAACAUCCUAAAGGUCCGGUUUCACCAACAACAAAUAAAUCAAUGAAUCGCUAUUCGUCGAAUAAGAUUUAUUAGACGUUUAUAUUUAUAUUUUGUUUCAAUAUAAUUUUCAUAAUUUAAAGUUAAACUGGCGAAUUUACUAUCUUCUAAAUAUUCACAGCCAGAUUAACUUACCAAUUUGUUUGAAGAGCAAGUAUUUAUUUGAUAAAUACAUAAAAUAAGUCUCAUUUGACGUUAGUAAAAUGGAGAAAUGUCAGUUUAUUGGUCGAAUAACUUUAUUCAUAGAAUAAACUACUAUUUGUCGUUGGUGAAACCGGCUCUAUUAUAAGUGCUCUAAAAUUUGUUGCAAACACACGCUAAACACACUUACUCGAAAUGACAUAGUGUAGUUUACCUCCGAGGUCCAGAAAUAGAAUCUGUUGUAAUCUACGAUUUAAAUAAGAGAACUCAAACAGGAUGUGUGUCAAACAUUUUUAAAGUUAUACUUCUUUAGCACGCGGGUGAAUUUUUACAUUCCCUGGCGCAUGCGCACACCGACAGUAUCGUAUUAGUCGCUACAUCUUUAUGUAGCGCAAAUAAGGUGUGCGCAAAGAAUAUAUAUUAUUAGUGUUUUUAGUAAAUAUAUUUAUUAUAAUUUUUGUGUCUUUGGAUUUGUCUUCCUCGGGAAUAAGAUAUUUUAUAAUAAUAGUAAGUAUAUUUAAAGUAUUUUUGUAUACUUCACUUUUGGUCUAUUAAAUUUGUCAGUAUGUAUGAAAAAUCUUGUAACCUGUCUAAGCAAAGGGAAUAUAGCUCAGUGGUAGAGCGUGUGAUCGGAUAUCGAGAGGUCCCUGGUCCAAAUCCGUAUGUUUUCUAUUUUUUUUAUUUUUGGUAUUGUUUUAAUACAAAUUUUUGGAAAGUAGUAAGCAAAAAUUAGUUUAAUCUUUAAAUAAAAUACAAAUAACCUGUUGAGAGUAUAUUUAGUUCGUUGAAAUCAUAUAAUAGAAGUAUAACUUCUUACGUGCGUACAAAGUACACACACAUUUUUUUCUUUAGAAUAGUUUAUUAUUAUUCCGUCUUUAUAACCAGUGAAAAUCUGUUCCAAAACUUUUGCUCCAAACGUUAGAAAUGAUCAAAAUCUUUUGUAUAUCAGUGGUAUUGUUAAUUAGUUUUUGUAGCAACUGGUUUAGAUAUAAACGACCUAAUAAUUGACAUAAUGGGGAAUAUUGUUUAUGACAUAGUUGUAAGCUACUAUUCGAAUUAUAUUGUUAUAUAAUUUUUUAAACAAAUUUUUUGUACAAAAUAAAUUUUAAUUUAUUUCCUAGGUAUAUUAAA